AGGUCCAGCUCACACGGAGCUCCGUCUUCUGGCUAUGACUCUGUCGCAGAUGCGGGCGGCAGAGAGGAGGCGGCAGCAGCUAUGAUCCUCCGGUACGUCCGCCCUCCUCUGGACCUCUGGACAUGGAUCCGACGCCGCCGCGGGCAGACGAAGACAGUGAGGUCCAUCUGAAAGGAAGGGGCCAAGCGACUCAGAAGAGGAUGCCCCAGCGCCAUCUGUGGGAGCUGCAGUGUCGCUGUCUAGCCUGUGCUACUGGCCUCUCUUUUUGGAUGAUGGAGGGAGAGCCCUUCACCUCUGCCCUUCACUCUCUGCUGCACUCCGCCGGGGGACACUUCGUGGCCCUCUCCUCCUCCCCUUCCUCUUCGUCCUCGUCUGACUCAGCCGUCACUGCCAUGUCCUUGGAGCAGAAGACCACUUUUGCCUUGGUCAUCUUGCUCUUCGUGUUCCUCCUCAUCCUCAUCGUGAGAUGCUUCCGCAUCCUCUUGGAUCCAUAUAGGAGCAUGCCGACGUCCACCUGGGCAGACGGGCUGGAUGGUUUGGAGAAAGGCCAGUUCGAUUACACCCUGGCUUAAGAAACACGAGGAGCCCAGAAUAGCCAGUGAACAGCUCAUACAUCACAACAGCCUCAGCUUCUUUUUUUUUCCUUCUGAAGCUGAAAACUUCCAUCCACAACUCUGUGUGCUCACAUGAACUUGAUAAUGAGCACUAACAGGCCAAUGGAUGUAUUUGCUGGACUUGGAUUGUUGAAAAUCAAAUUAGAAUGUAUCUGCCACGUUCACUCUUACAAGUGUCUUUUUUAAUACGAUUAAACACAAUCCACCCUGCUGUUAUGCUGCCACAAUCACACUUUUCUGAACCAUUUUCCAACAACACUGCUACUUACAAAACACUGUACAGCAUUGUGUACAUGAGCUAUCCCUACCUUACCCCGGUGCAAUACCAAAUCCAUAACAUUAGUCCGCUGACCCCUUCUUGUCCCUGAAGUCACUUAAAGAUACUGUAUCUGCGUAUGCAGCUUCCACUCUGUCCUCCUUUCUCUUCAAGACUUGAACAAGGUUCAGAUUUGGCACAGUGCAUCGCAGCCUCACAGCCACUGCCCACCAACAGACUCCAGCGCUUUCAAACACAAGUCAUUUACUUUUCCUAACUCAAGCCAAGUGUCGAUUUUGCUUUACAGUCAAUGAAAUUUAAGAGGUUAAAUAUCCAGGACUUUAGUCAUGUGUGGAGGUCUGUAACAAUUAGCAGUGGAGUCUUACCAAGUUGAACAUGAAUGGGAAGUUAUUUUUGGAAAUGUGCUGUACACUGGGAUGGUUUGUCGUGAUGCAAAUAUGAUUUUUGUUUUAAUGCAAGAAAGGCCAUGUUAUUUUGACUGUCUGCAAGUCACAGCUAAGCAUAUUUCUGAAUGGUCCUUGGUUUGUGUUAUCAAUGAAGGAUCUUGCAGACACAAAAUGUUUCAGGCUGUGAAAAAUACAUUCAACUGGAAGAACAUUCUGUUGUUUUUUGAUGGAAACAUCUUUAAACCUUUGUAAAUACUUCAGCCUCUAUUUUGGAGCUUUGAGAUGAUCAAAUGGCAAAUGUAUCACCAUGUGAAAAGAGUUAAAAAAUAGCCAAAUGAAGUAGCAACUUUGUCUUCCUUGAGGUUCUCAGAAAUGCAGGCAGCUUUUUUAUGUGUAUGGAGUAAAGCGUACACAAGCGUCUGGUUUGAUAAUGUGUCAAUAACACAUUUUAACAUGCCAUUCAUACAUAGAUCUCUUGUCAUCUUAUGAAGACCUGUCUCAUUGGAAAAGAUCCUCAGAGCCGGAACAAAAUGCCAAAUGUUCAGAUCCUGUCUGCAGCAGCGACCACAAGAUAAAAGUGCUUGUUUCAGUGCCUGGUUUCUCUGUAGAGGAUGCUACAGAGAAACCAUUUUAGUUUUGUUAUUUGUCAAGAUGAAAAGCAGCGUGUAACAGGGUAACUUUCUUUGAUAAAUACAGCUCAUGAGCGGCAGUCUUAUAUCUUUCAUUGAUUAUGAGGAGGAGAACCUUGAGCCACGCUGCGCCGUAGCAGGAUACGCCGACUUCUUCUUUCAUGGAGCAAAGUUCCUUUUAGAUCUGCUCCCAGUUGGAGGCUUUUCAAAGAUGUGUGAGGUGAACUAUCUCAUGAAUGGAGAUGACUCUCAGUAAAAGUUUAAUGCCUCCUCUUGCGCAGUGGAGCCUGCACCAUUUGUGAUUUGAUGUGUGGGAAACUAAGGACUAAGCUGUUGAGCUUCGAUGUUCUAGGUCGGCAGUGGUCAGUACCUAUUCAAGGUUGUAAAUGGAUGAUGGGUUUGGUGCAGAAGAUCACAAGCAACAUUGUGGAGCAAAAACUAAUUGCCUGCUGCUUCAUUUGUGACGUUAAAACUAUAAACUAUAACUAUAAAAUAAGUUCAAAAGUGAGGUGUGGAAAAUAAACUGAUAAAAGACAUGAAGUGUAAUUAAUAGAUCAAAUAAACUCAACAUUCUUGUUGGUCAAGCAGUUAGCAUUUUGUUAGCAUUUCUACUAAGUAGCGACGCUAAUUUCUAAAUAAUGUAAGCUUUUUUCCUGCUUACCAUUUUUCUUCUGUUUGUACUUUCGACCCUUGAAACGAAUCAGAUUUUAACAUUAAAAUAUUCAUCUUCAGAAGCCAGCUCUCAGUUUGAGGCUGCAAUGUCCUACUUCAGGCUUAUCUUCAACAUCUCCAUCAUGAGUCCAAGAUUAAAAAUAAAACUAUCCGCUUCGGGUCUGAAGCAUCGUCUGGGAAUGAAAACAUGCAGACCAUGUUGAAAUUCAAUAUUAAAUCAGUUACGUUAGUUAUUUUCAAUGUUUCCGGUGGAGGGAGGUGGUGUAAGAGGCAAACAUGUCUGUCUAGUGUUCUGUUGUUUAUAUGAAUAUCACCUUUCAGAAUAAGCAGGUGUGUCUCACUGCUCCAGAGAUAAGUCUGCUCUCACAUGAAUUAUUUGUUGCAGUUAUCUGCUUGGUGCACAUUUGACAUGAACGCAGCAAAGCACACGUGUCCUGUAGUUAGUGCACCCUGAAUAUUUAAUGACAUCUUUUUCUUACAAUGCUACUCCAGUUCCCAGCUUCUGCUUCCUCUGUGCACUGUGACUGCUACUCAGUUAUGUUUCCUCUCUGCUUUGGAGCAUUCAAAAUGUCAUUCAUUCCAAAUGCCACUGGAUACAGCUGAUGGUGAUACAAUGUAGUGCAGCUAACAAAGACCAAUGCCACUGUUCAAGACCCUCGUGAGUGUCUCGGCCUGUGUGGGAGUAGUAAGGUCACCCACCAUGUGUGACUGUGCUACUAUACUGUCUGUUGAGCCAAGAACUGAA